AUUUUCACAAUAGACAUUUAUAUACCGUUCGACAGCCCUUUGAAAGAGCUACAUUUUGCCCUAUUUCUAUCUGAAAAAGGAAAAACUUCGAUUUUCUGCCUAAUGUCUGGCUGUAUGCCCACUGUGUUCCGGUAGUUUCGGGUAGAUUAGCCCGUAAUUUUUCGAGAUUUAAUCUCUGAAUAGGCGUUUUUAUUAGGCAUAUUAUUAAUAAGGAAAUCUGAAAGGAUAAACUUCGUCUUUUUUCAACUUUGACUUUUCCUUAAAAAGUUAUAACCAAAAUAAAGUGUCAUUCUCCUUUCAUCUCUUUUCACAGCUAAUCCAAAUCAUUUUAAUGGUGAAAUACAUCCAUUUAAGCGUCCAUGCCCAUUAAUACCAUUUUCAUGCAAACAAUUUAUAAAAUAUUUUCAAGAAAAAAUACCGAAAAAACCGUACACUCUGUUGAAAAAUAAAAAUGUGAUGCUGGAAAAUUUGGUGAUCAAAAGUAUCUUUCUUUGGUGAUCAUUUGUAUCUAAAGGCGUUUGGUGAUCAAAAGUACAUUUACUCAUAAAUAUUACUCAAAAUUAUCAAAAUAUAUCAGAACCAUUUCAGGUCUAUGUUACAAAUACUCAAAAUGAAAAUUGGUCAGAUGCAAGAAAUGUCGAUAAAAAAAUUUAGAUUGGAUUCGUUCAUUACAACCUGUUUAUCGUUGUAAUCCAAAAAUAUAUGAAUCAGUUUUAAUUCAUGGUCAUGUUAUGGGGCGAUCCUUUGUGAGAAAAUUGAAAAACCCAGAAUUCGCUGCAUAUACAACCAAUCGUCAUGCUCGUAUUCGACAAAUAUUAAAUUAUAAAGGUGAAGCAAUGAAUAGACAAGUUCAAGAAUUGAUUAAACCAUUGGUUGAAUUAGAAUUUAUUAAAGCAAAAUUUAUUAAAGAUGAUGGCCAAGAACAAGUAAAAUCAUAUUUAAUAUCGUCAAAGACAAAUGUGUUUAAAUCAUUUUUGUCAGAUGAUGAUAUUCAUGCAAUUAAACGAAAGACACAAGAAAUUGCUCAGGAUUCAAUACAACUAUGUCAGAAUCAAACGGUUAUUGGACACCAUGUAGAUGCUGCUGUAGGUAUAAAUGAAUAUGCAGUCAAUAUUUUGUGCCCACAUACUGGAUGA